AUGGAAGAGACCCCACAUUAUUCUCGUGUAUCGGAUGAACCGGAAUCAUUGAAUGUGGUAACUGGUCGUAGUGUUUAUUAUGGUAUGCGUCCAUGGCGCUGUGAUGACCGUUUUCAGGAUUGGCUUAUUUCAUUUAUGCGCAUGGAUUCGUUGCUUUUACAGUGUCAUCUUGCUAAAUUACUAUGGCGAUGCUCUCGGUCAGAGGAUGGUGCGGAACCUGUUGAUGGUUACAAACAUUUAGGAAGAGGAGAAGUUAUGUAUUAUGUGGAACGCUACAAAAGUGGAAUGAUGCGAAGUGGAUUUUUUGAAAGAUAUCCCUACAACCAAAAUGAGUUACAGAGAAUUAUUGAGGAAGAUGGUUUAAAGAUGCGCGUUUGGAGACACCAACGUGAACUGGAGAUAGAGUCAAAGCAAGGAAAGAUUGACGAUCUUCUUCGUAUGAAUGUUUUGAAAAGCACAAAAAAGUCAAAGGAUGAUUAA